CGUCCCUGCGCGGCCUGAGGCGGGUCUGCGGACCAGGCGCGGGGAACAUGGAGGCGCUGCUCAAGCGGGAGCUGGGCUACCGCUCCGUCAAGGCCGCCGGUCACUCGGGGGGCGGCUGCAUUAGCCAAGGCCAGAGCUACGACACGGACAGAGGACGAGUGUUUGUAAAAGUGAACACCAAGGCGGAGGCCAGAAGGAUGUUUGAAGGCGAGCUGGCAAGUUUAACCGCCAUCCUAAAGACGGGCACAGUGAGGGUGCCCAAGCCCAUCAAAGUCCUGGGCCCCGGGGGCGGCAGCCUGCUGGUGAUGGAGCAUCUGGACAUGCGCUCCCUCGGCAGUCAUGCCGCCACGCUUGGAGUCCAGCUGGCAGACCUACACCUGGACAACAAGAGGCUUGGAGAGACUCUGCAGAAGGAGGCCGGCACCGUGGGGAAAGGAGGCGGGCAGGUGGAGCGGCCCUUUGUCGACCAGUUUGGGUUUGACGUGGUGACCUGCUGCGGGUACCUCCCCCAGGUGAACGACUGGCAGAGUGACUGGGUCACAUUCUAUGCCCGGCAGCGCAUUCAGCCCCAGAUGGAGCUGUUGUAGCAGGGGUCUGGGGACAGGGAGGCCCGCGAGCUCUGGGCCGCCCUGCAGUUGAAGAUCCCGGACCUGUUCCGAGACCUGGACAUCGUCCCGGCCCUGCUCCACGGAGACCUCUGGGGGGGAAACGUGGCAGAGGACCCCUCCGGGCCGGUCAUUUUUGACCCUGCCUCCUUCUACGGUCACUCGGAGUACGAGCUGGCCAUCGCCGGCAUGUUCGGGGGCUUCAGCGGCGCCUUCUACUCCGCCUACCACGGCAGGGUCCCCAAGGCCCCCGGCUUCGAGAGGCGCCAUCAGCUCUAUCAGCUGUUCCACUACCUGAACCACUGGAACCACUUUGGGGCGGGGUACAGGGGCUCCUCCCUCAGCAUCAUGCGGAACCUCGUCAGAUGAGCCCGCGCUCUCGGGAGGGGCCGGGUUCCGUCACCAGAUCCCCGCCCCGACACCCCUCCUUCCUCCUUGGCCUCCCCUGGGCAUCCUGCUUCACACCCUGGAGCAGCUCAGACCAGCUUUCCAGGCCCUGUCAGCACCUCGGGGAAAAAAGGCUUUUUUGCCCUGCAGUUAGACUUUAAACUGCUCGAUAAAAAAGAUAAAACUGCCCUAGAAACUGGAUGUGAGCUGGGGACCCUGGGGGCUGCAUCCAGCCUGCAGCUGCCCCCGAGGGAGGUAGCCCGUGGGCCCAGGUCACCUUCCCUUCUCCGUCACCUCUGGGCCUGCCGUGGGCUGGGCAGGUGCGGGCAGGCGGGCAGUGAGCACACCGCUGGCCUCAGUGUCCCUGGCCAUGUGAGGCGCCGGUGGGCGAGUGCCGUUAGUGGCCCGUCGACUGCCAGUUCCUGAGGCCCGUGGAGUCUGGUCUCUUUGCAUCGUGGGAACCAGCGCUGACCUGGUCUUCCGCCCUCGGUCUGGCGGUGACGAGAGGUCUCCAUGAAUGGCUUCCACGUCCCUUUGGGCAAAACUGAGUAAGUUUUCAGUGGUUUCAGUGACGCGUGAGACUGUACUUCCCUUGUUUAUUAUAGCUCCUUGCCAGGGAACUUUGUGAUACGUGGUGACAAUAAACAGGUACUGCUAUGGCUUCUGAAAAGCA